CCUUGGCAACCUUCAAAAUGGAAGGAGGUAUGGACGCUUUGUAAAUAUUUAUAUCGGACGGUGGGCAAUUGAUCCAAUUUAGAGCGAGCAUAUUACUGGUAUCAGUUUAAUUUAAACCAGUCGAAUAACUUUCCCAAGUUGCAGUAUACUAAACAACAUCUUAACGAUGGCGUUUUCUCCGACAACUAUCGCAACUCAGACGACAUCUGCUCGUGAUCCCAGAGAGUUGUACGAAAUCAAACAGAAAGCCGUGAAAUAUUACAACGACAAUGGGGUACCUAACAAAAUGGAGGAUGUAUUGAAUACAAUGUUCUAUGACAGCCCGUCCGAUGUUUUCGGAUACCUGGCAAAUUACUUUGAGAAAUUUGCUACAACACCUACAAUAACAAAGAUAAAAGCCAGAGAAGCCUAUGAUAGCAAGGGCCAACCAACUGUACAAACAGAAGUUUUCUGCACUGUGAAGAAUAACCUGAGACUGAGUGCCACUGUGGUGAGUCCGACCCCCAAUAGUCACCUACCAGAUAACACAAAACCAGAAGACAGAGAGGCGGACGAUACUGAACGACAGAAUAGUGUGACAGCUGCGGUCAGCAUCCUCAACACAGAUCUCAAUAACCGACUGACCGGUCUGGACCCUGCUCAGCAACAGGAAGUGGACAAUGUCGUCAGCAAUUUUUACGCCGAGCUUCAGGCUGCCGAGGAGGAGAGACUGGCAAAGGAGGCAGAUGCUGCUGCGACAGAGGAAGGGUCGACAAAGGAUGUGGAGACCGCAAGUCAGGCCAGUGGCAAGGGGAAGCAACCCAAGUCAGCAAGCAAUGAUGAAAGGGGAAAAGAUCAAAAGAAAGAAGAAAGAGUAAAACACAGUGGAAAUAAGUCCAAAGAUGACAGGGGGAAACACAGUGCUAAUAAGCCAGUAAAGGGAGGUAAGAGUCAGAUGUCAGUUGCCGUACCUGUGGAGCCGUCCGAGAAGUUUUUACCGGGUGCUGGCGCAGUUAGCACCAUAAGUCGAGCAGCCUGUAUGGCCGCAGCACAUAUACAGCAGAUACCGGUGUUCCAACACGUCGCCGGGCUCCGAUUCACAGAGGUACCAUUUGAAAUGACAGUACCAACACCCAUGGUUACCAUCAUACAGAGUGGACGUGCAGCUCUCGGGAAAUCCAAUUGUAUAAAGGAGUUUAUAGUGGUCCCUAAGCCAGGCAUGCCUCUCUCGCAGAGCUUGCCGCUGAUACAAAAAAUCUACAACUAUGUUGGGAAAAAUUUAUUUACCAAAUCAGGGGUUGCUGCCAAGUUGACCAAUGAUAUCGGAGCAUUUUGUCCCACAUUUGACCGACCAGAGCAAGGUCUUGACCUUCUGCAGGAAGCCAUUGCCCAGUGUGACUUGACCGUUGGUGAAGAUUUCUUCCUUGCCAUCAACUGUGCGUCGCAUGAGAUCUUUGACUAUGAUCUUGACCAAUCUGUGAAGGAAAAAGGUAAAUAUGAAAUUCUAACAGGUCAAGCAAAAGUUGCAGAUGACGUUGUGGAAUUUUGGGCAGAACUUCUGGGCCGUUAUCCAUCAGUCAUUGCUGUCAUCGACCCCCUCAGAAGACAAGAGAAGGAACACUGGAUGCGGUUGAGUGACCGGAUCAGUGACCAGUGCUUUGUAGUGGGCGGUCAUGCCUAUGCCCGACCAGGGUUGCUGAAGGACGAGGAACUGACACCGGACUUUGUGACCAGUGGCAUUGCCCUCAAGCUUGACCGUCUCAACACUAUUACAGACACCGUUCAGGUGGCCAAAAACCUCCAAGAUGCUGACAACCAAGUCAUUGUGUCCUCUUGUAACGGAGAAAGUACAGACACAUUCCUGGCUGAUUUUGCUGUAGGGAUAAAGGCUCGGUUCUUGAAGGUCGGUGCUCCAGUACGUGGGGAGAGGACGGCUCAGCUCAACAGACUUCUGCAGAUUGAGGGUAUGCUUGAAAUGUCAAGCAGACUGGCCUCUCAAGAGAAAUUCAAAUUCCCUCACAUUACCCCACCUCCUCUCCCGGAGCCCGAGGAAGGAGAAGAGGAACCUGCUAAAAAAGAGGCUACUCCUCGCAAGAAGUGAACAGUACAAUCAUCAAUGUCGAUGCUGGCCAGAUCAUAGACACUUAAACAAGUUCAAUUUUCUUCACAAAAUAAGCAUUUGAAGAAAAGAUAAAACCUAACUUCAAAACCUUGUGGAGAAUUGUGAAAAUGAUUUGCACAAUAAUUUCAUAAACUAUGAAUGAAUGUUGAAGACACA